CUUACUUCCUGAAAUCUAUUGUACUGAAGUGGUACAUCUCAUUCCAAGAUGUAAACAUGACAAAAAUGGUCAAGGCCAAAUAGAUCAAAUAUUUUUCUCCUCUGAUCGAUUGAGUGGGUUACAAAAUUAUGAUAGAGAAGGUAAUAAUGUGUCUUUAGAAAUGCCGCUGUCGCCAAGAAAACGACAGUCCUCAAGGGAAGUUUCCCAGCCACGACCCAGCUCAGCAACAGCACUCAUUGCAAAGAACCAUUCAUUCAAACUUCUUAGAGGUUUGCAAGAAUUUCACAAACAGGAGACAUUCUGUGACUAUGUGUUGGUUGCCGAGGGUCAUGAGUUCAAAGUUCAUGGUGUUGUCAUGGCAUCGUGCAGUGACUACUUCAAGGUCAUGCUUACUGGUGAGAUGAGGGAGAGCAGGGAGGGCAAGGUUGACCUGAAAGGUGUCUCUGCUAAUGGACUGAAAGUGGUUGUGGAUUUUGCAUAUACAGGAAUAAUGGGGCUAACAGUUGACAAUGUGGAGAAGGUCCUCUCAGCAGCGACACAUUUACAAGUUACUGAUGCUGUUGAACUCUGUAGUAGAUACAUCGAGUCUUCCAUACCUAUUGAAAACUGUGUCGACAUUUUGAACUUAUCUGAGCUGUAUUCAUUGACAUCCACACAUAGAGUUGCACAGGAUUUCAAGCUGGAAAAUUUUGAACUCGUCGCAAAAUCUGGUCAGUAUCAUAAAUUGACACAUAAACAACUUUCGCUACUGUUAGCAGAAAACGGACUACAGGUCGCAUCAGAGUUUCAUUUGUUUGAGCUGGUGCUGAGGUGGAUGAAGCUGAAAAAAGAGCGGGAACAGUACGUGGCUGAGCUAAUGAAAAAUGUCCGUCUGCCACUGCUGUCUGGAGAGGAAUUGGUCGAAAAAGUGAGUACAGUUCCGUUGAUGAGAGACAAUAAAGAAUGUCAUGAUUUGUUAACAGAAGCAAAAGAUUACCAUAUUGUUGUCAGCAAACAGCCAUUGUUGCAGACAAGAAGGACACAUGUUCGAGCAGAUGUGAAAUGUCUAGUCAUGUGUCAUAAAGAGAAUCUAGAAUAUUAUAACUUUGCUAAUAAACAACAUGGCUUCCUUCGCGAUGCUACGAUACAGCUAAGUCAUCCAGCAGUUGUGGUUGUGGACAACUUCAUGUAUGCUUGUGGUGGGAAAUAUAAUUUCAAUGAAAAUAAUGAAAUUGCAACAGCAUGGUGUUUCAGAUAUGAUCCACGAUUCGACACUUGGUAUGAGCUGACAUCUAUGAACGAAGCAAGAAAAGACUUUGUUCUGCUGGCUCAAGGCGGAAAGUUGUAUGCUGUGGCGGGACAAGAUGAAAAUUUAGUCAUGUGUACCAUUGAAGUGUUCGAUAUUGCUACUAAUGAGUGGGAAGUGAAAUCGUCCAUGAAUCAAUCUGUGUAUGGUCAUGCAGGGGCAGUUUGCAAUGGAAAACUUUACAUCUCGGGUGGUCAGAAAUUUGAUGGCUGUUGUAACGAUCUUGAGCGAUACGAUCCUGUCACGGAUAUAUGGGAGAGACGUACACCAAUGACACAUGCUAGACUGAACCACAACAUGGUCACCAUAAACAACAGGAUCUACACAAUGUGCGGCAAUAUUGAAGACAGUUACGGCUUUCCAGUCCCAGUUAUUGCCAUCGAGUACUACACACCGUACAAGGAUCAGUGGACGCUGUGUAAGAAAACUUUGAACAUACGUGAAGCAGGUGCUUGUGUUCUAGAGGACAAGAUCUACAUUGUUGGUGGUAUAAAUGGAGAGCACUAUUUCUCUGACCUAGUUCAGUCAUAUACCCCAGCCAAAGAUGAGCUUGGUAUAAUUGAAAAGUUUGCAACGAGGCUGCAUGGCCGUGCAUGUUGUGUGUUAACGUUGCCGCAAUAUCUGUGACUUUGGAAUAGUGAGAAAUCCAGUGUUUUGCACAUGGCUACAGACACACUUAGAUAAAUUGCAGGAUUUCUUUAUAAAUAGAAAGUCAAAGUAAGACAAAUAAGACCUGUUGUCUAAUGUUACAAAUGAUUCUCAUAUUCUGUAACAGCUUUUUUUGUCGAUUUCUGUUUAACCCUUACAUGCUAAAUUUCUAUAAUGAACUUGUCCGUCUUCCAAUUUAGACAGUACCAUUAACUGUUAAAGGGGUACAUGCCAAAAAGAUACUGACUGAAUAGCGAACAGUGCAGAUCAUGAUCAGACUGCACGGAUAUGCAGGCUGAUCAUGAUCUACACUGGUCGCAAAGGCAGAACCAAUCGUGUCCAGCAUGGUAAGGGUUAAAAAAUUGACAUAUCACAGAUAAUAUUCAUCAGUCUGGAGAACUAAAAAAUUUAAUAUCGAAAAAUACCGGUAAGCAAAAUUUUCACAAAUACUUAGAGCAUUAAAAUGACUUUAAUAACUAGCAUAUGUGAUAUGUGUUGCACAUUUUAUUACCUCAUCACCUUGUUAGAUUGGUCAGACAGUGUCUGUUACUGUUUUGUUUGUUUGUGUCCUAUGCUUCAAGUGGAUCUUGUAGACUUAAUUAAAAUAUCUUCAACAAAUCCUACUGCCAUCAGGAUAUCUUUAGAGUUUAGGAUGAGGUAUGUUUUAAGUUCGCUUUUUGCAAAGUUAGGCAGAAAUUCACUCAAAACUUCUGUUACAGAAUUGAUGAAUCAAAUGAUAUACAACUAAAUUUCGAUAUCUUGAAUUCCAAGGCAUCGAGCGUUUUACUUCGUGAUAACUGAAAUUCGACUUAAAAUGAUAUUUUGUGCACGUGUUUCCGGGACUGGACUUGAAAAUAUCUUCGAGAUAGCCAGAAUUUUGAGAAUAACGAGUUCGAGAUAUCGAGUUUCAACUGUAUUUUGAACUGGAGAAAGCAAAAGAAGUGCUAUUAAAAUUUAAGCUUAUUUUUUUAUAAAAAGAAGUUAUAUGGAAAAAGGACUAUUUGUCUAAGAAAACAAUGGGGAAAACAUCCCAUUUACAGUAGUAGUAUCAACUUCUUCAGCAUGUCAAUUAUUUAGUUGUUUCCCAUCUAUUGUGUUUAGUUAUAGUUGCAAACAAGUCAUGCCAUUUCAGUUUGGCAUUUUACAAGAAGCUGGAUCUCUUACAUUUGAAUGAUUUCCUAGGAUUAUAAUUUUUGUUAUGGAAAGUGUUAGAGGAAUAAAUGGGUUUUAAUAAUGAAUAAAGUAUUGGAUAAAAACAAUGAUACAUUUCAAAACGUUAAAAAAUCCACGGUCUAUGAAAACCUAUCCCUUUCAAAAGUUUUGUUCUCCAAUUAGGAAAAAAGCUUGUUUAACC